AUGGCAUUUGCUGUGAAGGAAAUCAAUGGAAAUCUCUGGAUUUUACCCAAUGUCACCUUGGGCUCCCACAUCUGGAACAGCUACUUCAAUGCAAGAGGGACAUAUCAUGCCACAGUAGAACUUGUCUCAACAAAGAACAGAUUUCUCCCCAACUACAAGUGUGACAGCAAGAACAAUCCUAUAGCAGUCAUUGGAGGACUUGAAGCUGAAACUUCCCUCUACAUAGCAAGUGUGUUAGCUGUCUACAAUAUCCCACAGACACAGCCCAUUUCUGUCUGCAGUGCAAGUUGCCAUCCGGGUUAUAGGAAGGAAAUGAAGGAGGGAGAACCAUUCUGCUGCUAUGGCUGCGUUCCUUGUCCAGAGGGAAAAAAUUCCAAUCAGAAGGACUUGGAUGAGUGCUUCACUUGCAGAGAAGAUGAAUACUCAAACAUGGGAAAAAAUCAAUGCAUUUCCAAAGACAUUGUUUUUUUGUCUUAUGGAGAACCGUUGGGGAUCACUUUAGUGAAUUUUGUCUUUUCCUUUUCUUUCAUUACUCUUUUGGUGCUAGGAAUCUUUAUAAAACACCACAGCACCCCCAUUGUCAAAGCCAACAACAGGAACCUCACCUAUUCUCUCCUGAUCUGCCUCCUCCUUUGCUUCCUUUGUGCUUGGCUCUUCAUUGGUCAACCGCACCUGAUGCUCUGUCUCCUCCAACAAACCAUUUUUGGCAUGGUUUUCUCAGUUGCUCUUUCUUGUGUACUGGAAAAAACUAUUAUGGUAGUUUUGGCUUUCCUAAGCAUUCAGCCAGGAAGCAACCUGAGGAGAUGGAUGGGGAAAAGAAUGGGCUAUACAAUUGUGAUUUCCUGUUCCCUUUUCCAAGCACUCAUUUGCUUUGUGUGGCUAGCCACUUCUCCUCCAUUUCUAGAUGUUGACAUGCACUCAGAGGCUGAAGCAGUUGUCCUGGAAUGCAAUGUGGGGUCUGUCACAAUGUUUUACUGUGUCCUGGGCUACAUGGGCUUCCUGGCGAUUGUUAGUUUUGUGGUGGCUUUUUUGGCCAGGAAGUUGCCUGACAAUUUUAAUGAAGCCAAAUUUAUCACUUUCAGUCAACUGGUCUUUUGCAGUGUUUGGCUGUCUUUUGUUCCCACCUACUUGAGCACCAAGGGGAAAUCUAUGGUGGCCGUGGAGAUCUUCUCCAUUUUAGCGUCCAGCGCUGGCCUUCUGGGUUGCAUCUUUGCCCCCAAAUGUUUCAUUAUUGUGCUGCAGCCUGAGUUGAACAUCAGGGAACAUCUGAUAGGAAGAAAGAAGGAGUAA